AAUUCUUUAGAUUAAAAUCGGACAAAAAUUCCAAGGAGCCUGACUGGUCCUUUUCGGGUGCUUGCAAUAACAAGGUGGAAUUCCCUGUGUCUUCUAACAAUCCCAUUCUCUAUUGUUUCCCUUUUGGGAGUGGUUCCUCCCUGCGGUUGUUUGUCUUGCUUUGUGUAAUCUUCUGUAGAAUGAAGUGCAAUCAGUGUUGUCACUUAACUCUGAUGUUGUCUCUUUUCCCUUCCUUUCUGCCUGCCUGCUGCUUUCAUUCUCUAGUAUUGGUAUUUGCCAUUCAUUUCACCUUCUGCAUCUAUGCAUCUCAUGAACUCGGAGCUCUUCACGCUGACGUACGGCGCUCUGGUCACCCAGCUGUGCAAGGACUACGAGAACGACGAGGAUGUCAACAAGCAGCUUGAUAAAAUGGGUUACAACAUCGGGGUUCGGUUGAUAGAGGACUUUCUGGCCCGGUCCAAUGUCGGAAGGUGCCACGAUUUCCGUGAAACUGCAGAUGUUAUUGCAAAGAUAGCAUUUAAAAUGUACCUGGGCAUCACUCCGAGCAUCACCAACUGGAGUCCUGGAGGCGACGAGUUCUCCCUGAUCUUGGAGAAUAACCCCUUGGUGGACUUCGUUGAGCUCCCCGACAACCACUCAUCUCUCAUCUACUCCAACCUGCUGUGUGGAGUGCUGCGAGGUGCCCUGGAAAUGGUUCAGAUGGCUGUCGAUGUGAAGUUUGUCCAGGACACGCUGAAGGGUGAUAGUGUCACAGAAAUAAGGAUGAAGUUCAUCAGGCGGAUUGAAGACAAUCUUCCAGCUGGUGAAGAGUGACUCACAGCCCAGUCUGCCCUUGGGACUGGUGGGGACCAGCGGGGUGCGGCCGCUCCUCACAGAUCUGUAGGGAUCUAGUGCCCCUGUACAUUCAGAGUGACUGUUUAAGAUGUAAUUAUAUUCUUCUACUGGUACUUCCACCUUCUGUAGAAGACAGGUGUCUGGUUGCUGUUUAUUUCACAGGUUCAUUCUGAAGCUUUUUCAUAGGUGAUGCCUCUUUCAUAUUUCCCCAGGGACUCUUUCUACGCUCCGUUUCUAAUUGUCACGUUUUGUUGGGUGAGAACUCCUGCUCAGACUGCAGACAAGCUCCCGUCUGUUCAAAUCUGAAUCCAUCUUUUAUUACCAGAAUUGGAGACACAAGCUGUGAGAGCCCACUGAUUCACUGCUACAUGCUGUCAAAAAAAAAAAAAAAGAGAGGAGUUUAAAAUUAAUUCUGAGAUAAGCACGUAGUAUUUCUGUAGAACAAACUGCGUUUGAUUCUGAAGUUACUAGUAAAAUGCAAGCUUGAUAAAAAAGGGUGACUUGGGAGAUGUGUUUGGACACUGGCAUCCAGGGGUUUCCUGUUGUGGGAGAGCAGUGGCAUCACCAGCACUGGGACAUUCGGGAGGUUGGUGUGAAAUGCAGGAAAAAUGCAGUUUGUGUCACCCCCCUGGGGUCUGCAGCGAGUACAGCCCAGGGGUCGUGGGGCAGGUCCAGGGAACAAAACCCCAAAGCUCAGACUAAGGACUGGGUGGUAUUAAAUGUGUUUCAGCAGGUAGAGCCUGCUCCCCCCAUACGGUCUGUAAACACUGUGUGGAGGUGGUGCUGGGGUAUGUCCUGUGUGCUCUCACAGAUGUUUAGGCUACAGCAGAGCUCCCCGUGUUGCUCAGGUUGGCGGGCUCAGGCAGGCUGUGCCGCCUGCUGCUCCUUAAAUAAAUACACAACGUAGUAUUAGAUCUCAAAGAGCAAGAUAGUGGCAAAUCAGCUUCCUCUGCCAACCCGUCCAGCCGGGAAACACAGUUCUGAGGUCACUUUACAAAGCAUGAAGGCACAGACCCACCGAGGUGAUCUGGAGCUUCAGGUUGAUGCUCCCCCUCACUCCCCCGGGAGCUCGGACACCUCCGUAGGCGUGUGCCUGAGUGUAAGGUGAGAGAGAGAGCUCAGAGAGAGCUCCAGCUUGUGCUGCUGCUCGUUUAGGUUCUCCAGAUGAACGCUGGGUCCUCUGGACACUGGCUGGAUCACCCCAUCCCUUUUUUCCUCCCCCGAGUCCCUUUGGUGGGAGGGUUGGGGUGUCCAGCGAAGGGGCAGCUGUCAGAGCAGUUGGAGAACAACCCAGAGGAGCAGCAGCAACUGAUGGGUUUUGGAGGCAGAGGUGCCACCCGGCCGUGUUGCAGAGAUAAAACCAUCUCUUGUUUGCCAUCGUUGACCAUUAUAACUCAUUUUAAGGCUGCAUUUUAAAAGCGAUCGCAUUAAAAGAAUCCCGGUGUCGA